AUGGAUAUUCCCAUGGAUAACGAGGGCUCCAUCCUUGGAUCUAUCAAGCACGAGUUCAUGAAAAUCACCCCUAAUGGAGGGGAACAAGUGUUGGGUCGUUCUUCAGGGGGCACAUCCAGCAGGAGGACCUGGAGGAUGGUGAAGAUCCAGGGGCAGAACAAGGAGAUGCUGGCGGCCGCCUGUCAGAUGUUCCUGGGCAAGUCGGAGAGCGAGAUCGCCCAGAUCGCCCUGGAGACCCUGGAGGGCCACCAACGGGCCAUCAUGGCCCACAUGACCGUGGAGGAGAUCUACAAGGACCGGCAGAAGUUCUCGGAGCAGGUUUUCAACGUGGCCUCGUCCGACCUGGUCAACAUGGGGAUCAGCGUGGUCAGCUACACCCUGAAGGACAUCCACGAUGACCAGGACUACCUGCACUCGCUGGGGAAGGGCCGCACGGCGCAGGUCCAGCGCGACGCCCGCGUCGGGGAGGCCGAGGCCAAGCGGGACGCCGGCAUCCGCGAGGCACGAGCCCGCCAGGAGCAGGUCUCUGCGCAGCUGCUGAGCGAGACGGCCAUGGCGCAGGCCCAGCGCGACUUCCAAGUGCAGCAGGCCCAGUGCGACGCCGCCGUCAACGCCCGCAAGGCCCAGGCUGACCUGGCCUACCAGCUCCAGGUGGCGCGGACGAAGCAGCAGAUCGAGGAGCAGCGGGCGCAGGUGCUGGUGGUGGAGCGGGCGCAGCAGGCCCAGCUGCAGGAGCACGAGAUCGGCCGCCGCGAGCGGGAGCUGGAGGCCACCGUCCGCAAACCCGCCGAGGCCGAACGCUACCGCCUGGAGCGCCUGGCCGAGGCCCAGCGGUCGCAGGUGAUGAUGCAGGCGGAGGCUGAGGCCGAGGCCAUGAGGGUGAGUUUGGGGGAGAUCUACAAGGACCGGCAGAAGUUCUCGGAGCAGGUUUUCAACGUGGCCUCGUCCGACCUGGUCAACAUGGGGAUCAGCGUGGUCAGCUACACCCUGAAGGACAUCCACGAUGACCAGGUG